GAAGACUUUCGUCAACACGGAAGUGAGGUUUUUCUUGAAAACAAGGCGCCAUCGGUUGUUGGAACUUUACAAAGACAAAGUAGUAGUAAACGCUACGAGGAGCAAACAUUACUUAGAUCACCGUUACAUUUUCUAACGUCUUGACUUCUUUUAUAUUUUUUAUUCUAGUUUGCUAACUUUAACGUUAGCUUGUUAUGGCUAAAGCCUUGUAACGUUAUUGAUCUGGUCCAUGUUGGGAAAACUGGGGCAUGUCACGUGUUAUCACCGCUUUUUUGUCGCUUGAUACAAAAGGAUGCCAAAUUCGGAGCCGGUCCGUUUGGGUCGGAAACGCCCCCUGCCCUCGUGCCCGAACCCGCUGUUCCUCAAGUGGCUCACCGAGCUCCGAGACGAGGCAAAGGAGAAAGGUCUGAAGACGCAGUACACGUACCAAAAGGCCAUCAACUCUUUGAAUAAAUAUCCAUUGCCGCUACGAAACGCCAAAGAAGCAAAGAUCCUCCAGAACUUUGGAGACGGCAUUUGUAAGAUACUGGAUGAGAAACUGCAGCGUCACUAUAGGGAAAACGGAGAGGCUCCUAUUCAGUCUCUCACUAGUAGAGCGCCCCCUCCUGGUGGAGCAGAUAACAACAGCUCAGCUCCCUCUAAAAAGACAAAUGCUACAGAGGAGCCAACUAAGCCUAAAAGAGGAGGGGGGAGGAAGAAGAACAGGGAGUAUGUGCCUCAGCAGAGGUCGGGGGGUUACGCUGUCCUACUGACCCUUUUCAGAGAAUCACAGAUCCCAGGUGGCAAAGGUUAUAUGUUUAAAAUGGAACUACAAUCUGAAGCUCAGCUUCUCUGUGAUAAAUCCUUUACUGUGCCAGAUCUUGGCAGUAAGUACACGGCCUGGUCUUCUGUCAGCACGCUCAUUCAGAAGAACCUGGUGAUAAAGAGUCAUAACCCUGCAAGGUAUUCCCUAACAGAAGAGGGUCUUUCUUUGGCAGCGCGACUACAAUCAGUAGAACAGGGGACAAGAGUUGCCUCAGAAUUUCACAGUGAAGAAGCAGAGGAGGAGGAGGCGGUGGGAGAAGCGGUUGUGGAUCUUACUGUUAGUGAUGAAGAUGAUGACGAGAAAGAAGAGGGCAGAACAGACCCCACAGAGAGACUGACCUGUGCCACCAAGACAGGAUCUGGGGUGGAGGAGAGGAGUCCUGCAGGAAAAUCCCAGGCUUCACAGGCUGCGAGCAAAAAGCUCAAUGGAGGAUGUCUCCAACCAGGAACCUAUGAGAUCAUCCUGUGUGUUGACUUCAUUGAGACAACAGGUGGGAGCCACCACUGCAAACAGGAGCUGGUCAAAGAACUUCAAAGAAAUGGAGUGAAUUUUGAUGUCAGAAAGCUCAGCGUUGGAGACUUCCUGUGGGUAGCCAGGGAAAAACUUGUACCUGUGCCAGGUCAGUUGCGAGCUCCUGUUGGCAGAGAACUUGUUCUUGAUUACAUUAUUGAGAGGAAAAGAAUGGACGAUCUGUGUGGUAGCAUCAUCGAUGGACGCUUCAGGGAACAGAAGUUUCGAAUCAAGAGGUGUGGUCUCCGCAGGCCCAUCUAUCUGGUAGAGGAGCAUGGGAAAGCUGCGUCUCACCUGAGUUUACCUGAAGCCACCCUGCAGCAGGCCAUAGUCAACACACAGGUGGUCGAUGGCUUUUUUGUGAAGCGAGUUCAAGAUGUAAGAGAGUCAGCAGCCUACCUCACUGUCAUGACGCGCUACCUGACUAAGCUGUACCAGAAUAAAACGCUGAUCUGUCGCUCCAGAGAGCUGGAGGGUGAUGCUGAGGCUGAAAAGGGGGAGGGAGGGACCCCAUUCUGCUCUCUUAUGUCAUUUGCCGAGUUUAACCAUGGUGCAAUGAAAAACAAGUGUCAGACAGUGAGAGAAGUAUUUGCCAGACAGUUGAUGCAGAUCAGUGGUUUGUCUGGAGACAAGGCUGCAGCUAUACUGGAGCAUUACAGCACCCCACAGAGUCUAAUGACCACGUAUGAACAGUGCGCAAGCGAAGCAGAAAAGGAGAAACUCCUCUCAACCAUUCGAUAUGGAAAGCUCAAAAGAAACGUGGGUCCAGUUCUGAGCAGGACUGUUUAUCAGCUGUACUGUACAGAAGGAGCGCUGUCAUAAAAGCAUGCACACAUAGCAGCUGGUUAUAUAUUUACUCAGAUAUCAUCUUUAAGACGGAUGUAAACGCAACCUCACUUACCUCAAUGUAAAUGCAUUUAAAAUCUAAAACAAUGUUCAGUCUUUUAUCAGUUAUGUUGAUAUGUAAUAAUAAUAUAUAAAAAUAAGUUGCUGUUUUUUAUUUGUAAAAUGUUGAAUAAAUAUAAAAUUCAUCAUACACAAA